AUGGAUGCUGCUUCCAAAUCCUCCCCGGAUCCCUCCUCCUCCGAUCACUCCGCAAUUGUCUCCCCCGACUCAGAGAAGCUCCCAACGCUUGAGCAGAUGAUCGCGGAGGUCUCUGAGCUGGAUGACCACGAAGAUGACGGCGGCGCUGCCAAAAACUACAUCGACGACGGUGAAAAGAAGCAGGAGCCAGCGCUGCAAGAUGAGGCUGAAGAGAUGAUGUAUCGCCUCGAGCUCACCAUGACGAUGACCGAAGAUAUCAGCGACUACAACGUCAAAGCCCUGUCGAGAGCGAUGAAGGCCAUUGAGGAAGCCGUGAAGAAUUUGAGGAAGCGCUUGGAGUCCGCUGAAAUCUUAAUCGAGAAGAUUGAGAAGUCGGUGUUCCCCUGA